UUUAUCUUUGUGUGUUGUUUCAUACUUCAGAUAUACACUAUACUCACCAGAAACACACUCCAUUGUCAAGAGCAACCUUCUGUAAGAGAUCAUGUUUGGCAAACUGGAGCAUGAGCUGGAGAUGCAUGUGCCUGCAAGUGAGGUAUGGGAUCUGUUUGGCACCCUUCGUAUAGGCCAAUUUGUUGAGCAAGAGAUGACUGAGUUGUUCCAAAAGGUGGAGCUAAUUGAAGGAGAUGGAGGGGUUGGAACUGUCCUCAAGCUAACCUUUGCUCCAGGUAUACCUGGGCCAACAAGUUACAAAGAGAAGUUCACCAAGAUUGAUAAUGAGAAGAGGAUCAAAGAAGUAGAGGUAGUUGAAGGAGGGUACUUGGAGCAUGGAUUCACUUUAUACAGGGUUACCUUUCAUGUCAUAGAGAAAGGUGAAGAUUCAAGCGCGCUCAAGUCCACAAUCGAGUAUGAAGUCAAGGAAGAGGAUGCAGCUAAUGCCUCACUUGUUUCCAUCGAGCCAGUUGCAAACAUUGCACAACUUGCCAAGAAUUACUUCAGCAGAAACAAGGCUGCAAAAGAAGCAAAACAGUAAUCAUGUUUGUUUCAACUUACUUUUUUCUCAGAAUCAAUUAUGACAACCAAAAGCUACUCAGAAAAGCUUCUCUCCAUAAUUGAUUUUGACUUUAAAAUCAAUUGUCGAAGGAUUUCCAAACAUUCACUAAAUAAUACUCGAGAAUGGCAAACUCGCUCCCUUGAUUUGCCUAAGUUCAUGAAUAAAUGAUAAAUUUGUCUCA